CUGUCGAUAGAAUUUGGAUUUCUAAACGCGAGCCUAUCAGAUCGUAGAAAGAGAGAGAGAUUAGAAACCAGAAACCGAUUCGAUCUCAGCUUCGGCAAUGGGGCAUUUGGCGUCAAGCUCGUGGUCUCGGGCCAUGUUACAGAUUUCUCCGUACACCUUCUCCGCCGUCGGCAUCGCCAUCGCCAUCGGCGUUUCUGUUCUCGGCGCUGCUUGGGGGAUUUACAUCACGGGAAGUAGUUUGAUAGGUGCGGCAAUCAAAGCGCCGCGAAUCACUUCCAAGAAUCUCAUUAGCGUAAUCUUCUGCGAAGCGGUUGCCAUAUAUGGUGUUAUUGUGGCAAUUAUUUUGCAAACAAAGUUGGAAAGUGUUCCGGCAUCAAAAAUAUAUGACCCGGAAUCACUGAGAGCUGGUUAUGCCAUCUUUGCCUCUGGGAUUAUUGUGGGAUUUGCAAACCUCGUCUGCGGGCUGUGUGUGGGAAUCAUUGGAAGCAGCUGCGCAUUAUCUGAUGCCCAGAACUCCACACUAUUUGUGAAGAUUCUUGUGAUUGAAAUCUUCGGUAGCGCACUCGGGUUGUUUGGUGUGAUAGUCGGAAUAAUCAUGUCAGCUCAAGCGACAUGGCCUUCUAAAAUAGCUUAGCUUGUCAUUUUUACCACUCCACCAGUGUCGUGUAUCUUCUCUCAAUUGGUGGCUUGAGAUGUGUUCUUUUGUUGCCUAUCUAAAAAAUAUAAGCUCCUUCUGUUCCUAUUGAUGUGGAAAAAUCGAAGAGGAGAGCUUUUGAAUUUGUUGGUGCACCAAAUUGUGAUACACUUUGCAUGCUUGUAUUUAACGUCUACAUUACAUGAAGUCCUUAAAACAUCAACUGAAUUCUCUUA